AAAAAAAAAACGUCGCUUCAGUAUCAAACAUUCUUGCGACGGAGUAUGAGCUACUCGUACGGCGGUGGGGGCUACGGCCAGGGUCCCUCCAACUUUCCUGGUGAUGUUGGGGCUUAUGCAGCCCAAUUGCAACAUGGCCAGCGCUUUGGCCACCAUCCUACUCCCCUCCAGGCGCUGGCCAGCGCUGUGGCCCUCCCUGACGUCUUCACAGAAGCCGAGAUGGCCCGCACCUUACGACGCAACAAUGGGGACGUGAUGCGUGCGGCCCUACAGCUCAAGGAAAAACACGCAUUCCGCACGGAGAUGCACUACCAGGACCUCAACGUGGGGCUUCCUACACUACAGGAAGAACUACGCAAAGGUUACGUUCAUUUACUGGACGGGGCCGCGGACUCAGAGCGCUGUCCCGUUCUAUUACUGCAGCUCCAGUACUUUAAACCAGGUUUUGGAGACGGCCAGAAGCUGCAGCGUCAAGGCCGCGGGGCGGCCGACGGAUCGGCCGUCAGUUCUCUUGAAGAUGCACGUAGACUGUGCGUGUAUCUAAUGGACUUGGCCGUGGAGCUCAUGGAGGAGCGGAACGCCCCGGGUAUCGUGUUCAUUGUAGAUGUAGCCAACUGCACACUGGCCAACCUGGAGGCCAAGAUGGUCACAGAUAUUUUACAAGUCUGCAAGAACUGGUACCCGGAAGUAGUCAAGCGGAUCUUAGUGAUCAACAGUUCGGCCUUUACUAAAGUGUUGACAAUGUUGCUGGCCAAGUUACUUGGAGCGCGUACCCAGCAGAGAAUUCGAGUUAUGGGCGAUCCCAGAGAACUCAAUAUGAUGCUACCCCCUCCGGCCAUCCCUCAAUGUUACGGGGGAAGUUACCCAAUGAUACAUCCGAAUAUGUGGAUGAAGAAGCAGGCCGAACUGGAAGACGUCGAUCUCGAUGCGGCCUACAACGUCCACGAUGAAGAAGAGGAAGAAGACAAAGGAUAUGGCCUGGAAGAGCGAGAAAUUGACCCAAACGAGAGUCUCAAUGGCAUGCAGUAUGCUAAUGUAAGUGCUGUAGACGCCGCUGAGAUGCCGAAUAGCGUCUUACGUGGUCCCUUGAUGAGGAAGAAGAUGGACGGCGUGUGGGCCAAACACUUUGCAUUGCUACGACCGGAAGCUGUGCUGCUGUAUGAGAAUGCCACUGGUAUACGGCCAAUAAUUAUCAUUCCGGUUAACUACGAGGUGCGGGUGGUGGCCGCUACAUUUCCUGACAGGCCGAAGGGCUGUGGAUUUCGAAUCGAAGUCCCUGGAAUUGUCGGUGGCCACGAACUUGUCGCUACCAGUGAACAAGAGCGUGGGAAUUGGCUACAGGAAUUGCAGUGGGCUAUCAACCAUAACAAAGAAAAACUUGAACGACGAGAAGAACGAGAGGAACGUCGCGCCAAGAUUCAUCGGGACUUUGAUGCACUCAAUAUGAUCAACUUUGACGUGGAUCUGCCUGUGCCGCAGCCUAUAAAAACCGAUUUUGGGAACUCUGCAAUGAUGCAGCAACAGGUGCGAUCUCCUCAACCUGUUGAGAUGCUUGGGAUGUCAAUGCCUGUUCCGAUGACGAUGAAUACGAUGCAAUCGAUGCAGAUGCAGCAGCCAAUAUCGAUGAGCAUGCAACCUCAGGCGAUGUCUAUUGGAAUGCAGUCUCAGCCGAUGGCCGGAAUGGUAUCAAUGGGCUUGGGAAUGCAACAAGCGAUGAGUAUGGGACUCCAACAGAAUGCAAUGCCAAUGCAGCCGAUGGCCUAUGGAAUGCAGCAGCAAGGUAUCGGAAUGCAGCCAGGGAUGAUGUCUAUGAACAUGCAGCCUUCGAUGGCAAUGGGAACGCAACAACCAAUGAUGGGAAUUCAACAACAGCAACCAAUGCAAAGAGGUAUGCAGCAACAGACAAUGCAGAUGCAGCAGCAAGUUCCAAUGAGUGGACAGCAAGGAAUGAAUAUGCCUGCAUCAUCGGGUUACCAGUUGAAUUCAAAGUCUCUCCAGGAACAGCUACUCAAUAGUUUCCGCGGUUAAGUGAAGGGAUUACGUCGUAUUCGUCGGUGGGAGACGCUAAUGAGAAUAUAAGCACCGUAAAAGAGAAUAAAAGCUAACAGCUUCACAUUUUUUCUUAUGCGUGCGUAUCUCGAAACCGAAGGUAAGAACCAAAGUUAGACUUUUCAAAGGAUUGGAAUAAAUACUAUGGCAGUGGAUUCGCGCAGUUGCUACUUUAUUUUCACCUGUUGGGUCCUCCGUACAUUGAUUGAUUGAUACACUGAAAGACAC